AGGUGACGAGAGCUGUCCUGUGGCCUCUCCUGCUCAUCAUGGCUCGGACACCGGGAGCACCAGUUACACUGGGGUUGUUGGGCCUCUGCUUGUCUCUGGCCAUUGCCCACCCUGUUCCUUCGACUAGUGCCUCUGGGAAUGCAACUGACAGUGGGCAUAGGAUCAAGCUGAACCCAGAUGCACUUGAACUCUGCUCAGAUGGCUGGAGCUAUGAUGCUACUACUAUGAGUGAAAAUGGGACCAUGCUGUUUUUUAAAGGGGAGUAUGUGUGGAAAGGUCACCACUGGGCCCGGGAGCUGAUCUCAGAGGCACGGAAGGAUUUUACCAAUUCUGUGGAUGCUGCCUUUCGCCUCGGUCAUAACGAUGUUUUCCUGAUCAAGGGAGACAAGGUCUGGAUGUACCCUCCUGGGAAGAAAGAGAAAGAAUAUCCAAAGCUGCUACAAGAUGAGUUUCCUGGAAUCCCAUUUCCACUGGAUGCAGCUGUGGAAUGUCACCGUGGAGAAUGCAAAGAUGAGGGCAUCCUUUUCUUCCAAGGUAACAACACGUGGUUCUGGGACUUGGCUACAAAAACCAAAAAGAAGCGUGACUGGCCAGCUGUUGGGAACUGCUCGUCUGCCCUUCGAUGGCUCGGCCGCUACUACUGCUUCCGGGGUAACCAAUUCCUGCGCUUCGACCCUGUCACGGGAGAGGUGCUGCCUAGGUACCCUCUGGAUAUCCGAGACUACUUCAUUCCCUGCCCUGGCAGAGGCCAUGGACGCAGGAAUAUGACCAGCCAUGCAAAUGGAACCCACGCUGGCUAUGGGAUUAUGCGCUGUAGCCCCAAUCUAGUUUUGUCUUCACUGCUGUCUGACAACCAUGGUGCCACCUAUGCCUUCAGUGGGUCCCACUACUGGCGUUUGGACACCAGCAAGGAUGGGUGGCAUAGCUGGCCUAUUGUCCAUCAGUGGCCCAAGGGUCCUUCAACAGUGGACGCUACCUUUUCCUGGGAUGAGAAACUCUAUCUGAUCCAGGGCACUCAGAUAUACAUCUUCCUAACAAAGGGAGGCUAUACCCUAGUAGAUGGUUAUCCAAAACGGCUGGAGAAGGAAUUUGGGAGCCCUCAUGGGAUCAGCCUUGAGGCUGUGGAUGCAGCCUUUGUCUGUCCUGGGUCUUCUCGACUCCACAUCAUGGCAGGACCGAAGCUGUGGUGGCUGGACCUGAAGUUAGGAGCUCAAGCCACAUGGACAGAGCUUCCUUGGCCCCAUGAGAAGGUUAAUGGCGCUGUGUGCAUGGCAAAGUCUCUUGGCCCCAAUUCAUGUUCUGCCAAUGGCUCCGGCUUGUACCUCAUCCAUGGCCCCAAUUUGUACUGCUACAGUGAUGCGGAACAACUGAGUGCAGCCAAGGCCCCACCCCAGCCCCAGAAAGUGAACAGCCUCAUGGGCUGCACUCACUGAUAGGACUUCUGAUGUGAGUCUGGCCCUGACCCUUCUCCCCAUUUUCCUUACAAUAAAACCAGAGGUCUUCUUGGCUUGAA